GUUGAAGUGAGUAAGUGCUCGAUUAAGUGCGAUAAAGUGAUUAAUUAUGAAUCUAAUCCUUCUCCUUAUACCUCUCUUCUCUGCUAGGGUUUCAGGAGACAAGGAUCUUCUGCUCCAGGUAGUAUGUGAGGAGUCUGAGGACGGAUAUCUAGUGCCUGAUCCAGUCCAGUGCGACAGAUUUGCUGAAUGUACGCCACGAGGGAAACGAAUAAUACAGCUAUGUACAGAUGGAUAUGGAUUGGAUCUGAACAAUGGUAAAUGUGAUCUUAUAUCUAAAGUUAACUGCACAGGACGUGAAAAACAACAGGCGCCUACUGGAGUAGGCCUGUGUCCACGCUUGAAUGGUAAUUUCGCUAUCUCAGCAGAUAUUAGCUGCAGUGAUUAUGUGGACUGCAGGGAAGGACGACCUUUCCAGCAGAGCUGUGGAUUCGGAGCAGUUUUUGACGAGAUAUUGGGUUGUGUCCAUCCUGAUCAAACUAAAAGGGAAGGGUGUACUGCUACGGAAGUAUUUGGAUUCAAAUGUCCAAAAUUUUCUGGAAACAUGAGGUUUGGUGAUCAUGAGCGUCUACCUCAUCCCUCUGACUGCGCGUAUUUCUACGCUUGUCUCUCCUCCGGUCAACCCAGGCUUCUGGGAUGUGAACGCCCGAAGGUAUUUAACCCAGUAUCAGGGUUGUGUGAUAAACCCAGCAAUGUCCCUGGUUGUGAAGGAUAUUAUCCACAAGACGAACUGGAUAAAAUUACUAAGGAGGAGAGAAGUAAGAUAGAGGCGGAGAUCAGAGCUGAACUUGAGGAGAAGUUUGGACUUAGAAAGGGAAGCUUGGAUAGCCAGGAUAUCAAUAUUGACUCCGCUAGGUCGGAUAACUCAGACAGGACAGACUCCAAAGGUUCUUCAAGAUUUACUCCUUCGAAUACAGCAGAGACAUUCGAGGAUAACUAUUCAAAAUCCUUCAGGGACGGACCAAGGGCUUCGGGCACCAAUUCGAGUCCUGUUGACAUAAAUUCGAGUCCUGUUGACGUAAAUUCGAGGCCUGUUUACGUAAAUUCAAGGUCAAUUGACUCCAAUCUGAGAGCUCCAGACGCAAACUCGAGGGUUUCUGGCUCAAAUUCCGGACCCAGCGAUGUCUCAAGGUCCACGUUCGGUUCUCGAGAUAGCUCUCAGCUGUUCGGUCGUCUUAGGGGAGGACUGUAGUAAAAAAAAAUUGGAAUUAAUAUCCGUAACUUUGUGAUUUUUAUACGUUUAACUGAUAAACUUGAUAUUUUAGCAUUUUAGGAAUAAAUUCUUGUAUUAUCUAGA